AUUGUUGGUUUCCAACUGUAAUGUAUAAAUCAUUUUGACGAACCAGAACUACAAAAUGGCACAAAUAGGACCUGGUGCAGGCGGUCCAGAUUCUGUCGACAAAAAUGAUCCAGUCAUACUUGAGGGAGUAGGAGAAAAUGUCCAGGUUGGUUUACCGACGGAUUUGUAUGUUAUACCUGGAUAUUCAGUUGAAGGAGGCUCACUUCCACCGCCAAUGCCGCCACUGGCAACAAAUAUCCCGGAUAAAGCUACUUAUAAACAACCAGAAAUGCAAGAGGUUCCAGUUAUAUCACACGAAAGAGCGAAGAAAGCACUGCUUGACCACAUAGAAACACAAUGUUGCUGGGGAAAGGGAACAGCCAAUAAAAUAACAACGUUUGAAAACCUUGAAUCUUCAACAACAUAUCAUUACACACUGGAAACCUUUACAGAAACUAGAUCAACACAGUGGCAAAUGGAACCAUUCAGAGGACAAUUUAUAGACGGACCAGAAAAUGGGAUUCCAGUACACCCUUGGGGAAUCCCAUUGACCGCGGUAGAACAGUUUAGGGAUUUUGAGACUCGCAGUAUGGAGGUUCCACAUACAGCUUCCGUCAGGCCUUGUCACAGAUGUCAAGCUGGUGGAUUUCUUAUAUGUGCUGGCUGUGAAGGAAGAGGACGGCUUUAUUGUGGUAUGUGUAAAGGAAAAGGAAGGAGACAACAGCGUGUUAAGGACAGUCAGGGUGUAUGGAGAGCAGGAGUGCACAACUGUGAUGUAUGUGGUGGAUCCGGCAAAAAGCCUUGCUCACGCUGUAAUGGAACUGCACGAGUGACGUGUCCAAGUUGCCAGGGACAAACAAAGCUGAAAUGGUACAUUCAGUUGUUGGUUACAUGGAAAACCUAUAAAGGUGAUCAUGUUGUCGGAAAAUCCAAUGUUCCAAAAGUACUUGUGAGCAGAGUUCCUGGAACAAUAGCUUUCGAAGAUGUACAACCAAUGUUAUAUCCAAUAACGAAGUCUCCAGAUCCUGAAAUUAUGACAGCCUCCACUCGUUUGUUGGCAGAACAGAAAUUCCCACAUUCUCUUAUUUUGAUGCAGCGACAUAAGAUAAAAGUGGUCCCUGUGACAAAAUGCGAGUACAGACAUAAUAACAAACUUAUCAGUUAUUAUGUUUAUGGUUUGGAUUGUAGAGUUCAUGCUCCUGAUUAUCCUGACCAGUGUUGUUUUGGCUGCGAGAUUAUGUAAAUUAUUUGAUUCUUGAUUAGUUUGAAAAGUUGGAACUAUUUAAAGUGAAUGAAAUCAUUAUAGAUUUUCAUGCAGUGCAUGCCACUUGUUCAAUAUUAGAUAUUUUAUGCAUUUUUAUCGUCUGUUCAUUUUACUAGACCAUUUACUUGGAUUUAAGCUUUGUGUUACUUCUUUUUAAAAAAGAAAUAUUUUAUUUGUGAUCAAUGAUUUUCUUAGAGAUUUCGUAAUUUCCGUCCAGUUUAUAUGCAUGUGAUCUUUUUUGUUUUUUUCCUUUAAAUUCUAUGCUUGUUUAAUAAAUAUUUAUUACACUUGU